UUUCAAAUAACCUACCUAUGUUUGAAAAUGUUUGUUUUCGUUCGUUUGAAUUCCGAGUCGAACGCGCCUUCUACGUUUUGUGUAUUGUGAUUUACAAACUGACCCUGGACUGAAAUCGGACUUUGAUUUGGCUUCAUGAAACCUGCUUUCACGUAGCGACACAGGAACAGUGGUUAUAAAAAAUGCCUGCAGACAAUUGUUCUUAUUAUAAUUGUACAAAUUCUUCGGAACAGAAGUCAAUGUUCCGUUUUCCGUGGAAUGACGUCAACCGCCUAAAAGUAUGGCUUGAGAAUUGCGGUAAUAUGAACAUUGCCCACUUGCCUGCAGAAAAUUUGCGGUCAAGGUAUUUAUGCAUUGACCAUUUCAAUAUCAAGUAUGUACGAAAUGAAAAAAUGAAUGGUCAUAGAAAAAGACUCCAGAGAAGUGCAGUUCCAGAACCAUAUCAGACUCAAGACCUUCAAAAUCGCUCAAGCACUUCCUCACCAGGUUCAUCAGGUACUUUUAAAGUACUGACACCGAAAAAGGUGUACAAAAAUAAUCGGCUUCGCGACUGCGAACUUGAAGAGCUCGUGGAGCCGCCAGCAGUAGCAUACCAGUGUAACACGCCGAAGAGAAGACGGUUGUCAAUUACUGAAGACACGCCAAAAUGCAAAGUAUUAAAAAAGAAAUUAGUAUUGUAUCUAACAAAAACAAAAUGUAAUACCUUUUGAAUUAAAGAAGUAGUUUAAUUGAAUAUUUAUUGUAUUUUCAUUCUAGUCAUUAAAAAAA